AUGGUUGAUAUUUCAACAAAGAGAAAAUUUUAUUAACAGACUCAUAAUCAAUCCUUGAUUUAAAAUUUGCAAACUCAAACUGCUGUUUCUGACGAGUCUUAUCAUGAGAUGCCUCUCAAACCAAACUAGAAUAGUGAGUUGAAUUCGUAAAGAAUGAUGCUGCCUAGAAAGAGUUCAGAGCAAGUUUUGAAGACCAUUAACAACAUUAAAAUAUCGGUAAAUUCAACAGCUUAAUAGUAGCAUGAAUGUCUUUCAGCUAGUAAAGAUUUUGGCUCUUUGAUUGUAUUAAGUGAAGGAAGUGAAUAAAACUACAGACAUCAAUAGAAAUAUUUGGAAAUAAAUUAGUAUUCAAUAGUUGGAAGCUAGAGUGGCGCUUACAAUAGCAAUAUGAAAUCUUCUUCCGAAUAGAAUUAGUAGCUGAUGAGUCCAAUUUCAUAAAAUUCUCUUUCAAACAGUAGUCUCAAACCAGGAAAUGAUGUUCUUAAUAUAUACUCUCAGCAAUAGAAGGAUCAAAGAUCUAGUAUUAAUAGCUACAACAAAAGAGUAGUUGAAUUGCAUUUAAAUUAGCAAAACCAAAAUAAAGAUAGUCAGAAUAAAGUGGCUACUUCAACAAUGAAAAGUCAAAGUAUCAAACAUCUUAGCUUAGAUAUUUCAGAAUUACCGGGUGGAAGUAAUCCUUCAUAAGAUAUUAUUCAAAAAUCUAAUGAAAUCAAGCAAGACAUUAUGUCAUAAAGACAAGCAAUUCAAAAUAACAAUCCCUUGCAAUAGUCUCAAAAUUCAGCAUUUUAAAGCAAUGAAAAAAUUAGAACAUAAGUUAGAAUAGUUCCUAUAUCAACAAAUAUUUCUCCUAAGAACUAAAAUGCCUUUGGAUCUCCAAGAUACUCAAUAAACUCAGUAAACAAUACGAUCACGAAAAGCAAAAUGAUGAUAAGAAAAUAAUAAACAGCAAAUGCUAUCAGCAAUAGCAACAAUAAAAGUGGUCUGAAUUAGAAUAUGAGCAAAAAUGAAAACAUUAAUAUUACUGUUGAUCCUUCCAAUAUGAUUUAAGUAAAUCAUUCUUAGAAUAUUCAAGCUUUCAAGCACACUUCACCCUAGUUCAGCAAAUUCUUGAAUACUUAAAAGAAUCAGAGUGCAAGUUAGAAAAAGAAUCACCAAGAUGCAAUUAAAGCAAACUCCAAAUUAAUUAGAAAUAUUAAUUGCGAUACUAACCAAUUGAGAGUUUGCGAGUCUCAUCGAGACCUUCAUAGCGGAGCUUAAUCUGCCAAUAAUAAAAAUAAGGGAUUUCUCGAUCCACAAAUUAUGGAAAGUAGCAAGGAGAACCCUUCAAAAUUCUACAGCCCCUCCUAAAUGUCCUUAAACAAAGCUUUAUCAAGAAUAAGUUCUGUUGGGGAACUGCAGAAAGUUAAACAAUAAAUAGCAUCAUAGAGAAAGAGCAUAUAAACAACUAAAUAAUCUUAAUCAAAAGUAACAGGCUUAUCAUCAAUGCUAACAGCAAACAUAAUAAUGAGCAAAGCUGCUAAAAAGGGUCCAGAAGAAAUCCUUCAAUCUAAAUCAUUAGAGAAAUAUAAACAAAUAACAUUCGAUAAAUCCUAGUAACAGUUACUAGAAGAGGAAGAAGAUGAAGAAAAUGAAUAUAUGACUAAUUAGGAAAAGCUGUGGAGUUCUAUAGAAUAGAACCAAGAUAUUAAUCUGAUAGAAGAUUUAUUAAGAAGAAGCGAUGUAAAAGUAUCGCAAAGAAAUAUCUUUGAUGAUGGGUGGACUGCCCUGCACUAUGCUGUUCAUGAAGGUAACUUUUAAGUGGUUAAAUUGCUGAUUGAGUAAUACAAAGCCUUGAUCGAUGCAAGAUCUUCAACUAACAAGACACCUUUCCACUUAGCAUGCAUCCGAGGAGAUGAAUUCAUAAUUAGAUAUUUACUUGAUCAUUCUGCAUCUCCUCACGUUGUUGACAGAGAUGGAUGCACUCCUCUACAUUACCUGUGCGAAACUGAGAAUCAUGAAAUGGUUAAAGUUCUGCUGCCCAUUUGUGGAGCCAGUAAGGAUGUCAGAAAUAGAUUUGGGAAAAAGCCUGCUGAUCUAAUAUAGGAUAGAGAAUUUAAGAAAGUCCUCAGAAAUUUUAGCACAAGACGAGAAUCUCUCAACUAGCGUUAGAACCAGAUAGCCAACAGUAAUACUACAAAUAAUAAUGUACAAAAUUCUCAAUCCUAGACAAAAAGUCAGAGCAGAGAAAGAAGUUGCAGCGGCAACAGGAAUGUUGUUUAGAUUCAUAGGCUUAAUGAUGAUAAAGAGGUUCAGGAUUGCAUUCAACAGCUUUUCAAAAAGUUCUCUAAUUAUCAUAGAAAAGCAAGCAAAGAAAAACAAAAUCAGCAAUAACCAUAGCUUAAUUAAAAAGUCACUCGCAAGGAGGAGAGUAAGAAUGCAAGUACCAAUUAAAGCCAAAGAAACAUUGUCAUGUCUCCACAGAACUCAUCCCUUAAUACUUCAAUUAAACGCUAGCAGGUGAAUCCAUAAAAUAGAUUAACCUUAGGAACCUAGCAAAGCUAGAAAUAACUCGCACUAAACGUUCCCACAUCUCAAAAAAGUUUAGCUAAGACUAGCUCCAAAUAAAAGAUAAUGUUCCCCUCUACAACUUAGUAAAAUUUAAUUAACAAAAACAUAUCUCCAACUAAAAACAUACAGCUACAGGUACCAUCUAAAAUCACCACAACUAGCCUGAAUACAUCUUAAUCAUAAAGAACUAUAGGAUAUAAGCCAGCUCUUUAAAACUAUAAAUCCUCAGGAAAGCCAGAAUAAAAACGAUUAACAAGCAUUUAGAGUGUCACUAAUCUAAUAUAAGAAAAGACUAAACAACUUGAUCAGCAAAGAGACCUCUCUGUGAGCAAAGAUGAUGAUUAUAACUGCCUUAGCAGCGAUACAAAGAAUAGAAAGAAUGCCUAAAUUAAGAAUUAUAACAAGGAACUAAGACUAAUAACUGAAACUAGAAUGGAAGAUCAAGGCUCUGUAUCGCAGAGGACUGGAGAUAGCAGUAUUAUAAAUAAUGAUCUACAUUCCAACUCGAUAGUUAAUAGAAAUCACAAACUAACGACUUUUAGUCUUAAUUAGUUUAGUGAUGGUCAAGAAAAUGUUACAAUAGAGGAGAAAUAGAAACCCUAGGAGGAAAAGAUAGGACCUUGGAGCUUUAUUGCCCAUUAAUUGUUAGGGACAGGUUCCUUUGGAGAGGUCUUUCUUGUUGAGAAGAUUUCUAACAAUAGAUUCUACGCAAUGAAGGUUCUAACAAAAUCAAAGAUUAUGGGCCACAACUUGACAAGAUACGCAAUGACUGAGCGAAACGUUAUGUCUAUAGUGAAUCAUCCAUUCAUAGUAAAGCUAAAUUACGCAUUUUAAACUCAGGAAAAGCUGUUUCUGAUAUUAGACUACUGUCCUGGAGGUGAUCUGGCUGAGUAUUUGUAGCUUGAAAAGAGGUUUAAUGAAGAUAAAGUGAGACUGUAUAGUUCUGAAAUUCUACUAGGUCUUGAGGAAUUACAUCGUAAAGAUAUCAUUUUUAGAGAUUUAAAACCAGAUAAUGUGGUCUUGGAUGCAGAAGGUCAUGCAAUGCUAACUGACUUUGGCCUUUCAAAAGAAGGGGUUAUGAAGGAAGGUAUGGCGAAAUCUUUCUGCGGUUCUUAUGCCUAUUUAGCCCCUGAAAUGUUGAAGAAAGUUGGACAUGGGAAGGCAGUUGAUUGGUAUUUACUCGGAGUCAUCAUUUAUGAAAUGCUCUGUGGUAUUCCACCAUAUUAUGCUAACAAUAAGGAGGAGUUAUUUGAGAAUAUUAAAAAUGCUGCACUAGACAUACCUCAAUAUGUAUCUCCAGUGGCAAAGGAUAUUAUACUGAGAUUAUUAAAUAGAAAUCCAAAGAAAAGACUGGGAACUAUCGCAGGGGCAGACGAAAUAAAGAAACAUCCUUUCUUUAAGAAUAUUGAUUGGGUAAAGUUGUACAACAGACAAUACAAAGCACCAGAGCCCUACUUAAGGAAAAGGUUUGAAAAUUUCCUGCAAAUGUCUCCUGAGAUGCAGACUAAUUCUGAUGUUUAUGAGCAGCUAAGGAAGCAAGCCUUAUUCAAAGGACCAAUAGAUGCAGCUCAACAUAUCCCUGGAUGGUCAUUUCCCAAGUCGAAUGCAUCCUCAAUGUACAAAGGUUCAAAUAAAACAUUCGUCUUUGAUAUGAACGGCUUUCAAAAUAAACUCGCAGGAUCAGAGCUUCGAACCCCAUCAACUAAAACAUUUUAGCAUUAAUAACUCCUUAGAGAGAAAAAUCAAUAAAAGAGAAUUAUAAUUCAGCUUAAAAUCAGCCCACUAAAGUAGAGCAUAGACUGUCAAUGCCCAACAUUAAUCAUAGAUCGAUCAAUGACAGGCUUGAUUCAAGAGCUUUCAAUAAUAACAGCAGAAGCUCAAUGCAAAUCCCCCAGCAGACAUAAUCACUUUGAUAGAAUUUAGAAGCUGGGAAUUAAAAUAAGCAGAAGAUCCAAUGUUUAUGAUUUCAGAAAAAAUACACUAAGCAGCUCUUUAUUAACGACUGAGAAGAAAGAUGUGAUAAAUAGAGUUUAAGAAUCAAGUUAAAUGAAUAAGAAGGAUGACUAAGGUACAAAGAAAUAUAGACCACUAUCUCCGAUUAAAGAAACUGAAAAUGCAAAUAUUUCUAGCAUUCCUCCUGCUUCAAGAAGUAUUAUGGAUCCUGACAAUUAAAUUCUAUUCCUUGAUAACGGCAGUCGCAUUAAGAAAGAAAGAAUGAACUCUAAUAAAAGACUAAAAAAGAAAAUAGUAUAUGUGUAUGAGUCUGAUUCUGAUGAAGAGAAUGGGUUGCAAUAGAAAAAGACUUACGAUAAAUAGCUAGCUUACUCAUUAGUAGAGAAUAAUGAUAUUACCAAAAUAGACAGGCCUAACUUCUCUCAAAACUAAAAUAUUUCAAGCAAAAGGGUGCUUAGCAUUGAUGGCUAUCUUUAAAGAAAUCAAUAGUCUAACCAAGCUAAAGCGAUAGCUUUACCCUAUAUCAAUAAAAAUAAUAGUUCCUCUUUAAACAGCAAGCCUCCAUUACCUAGUUCAUAGUUUAGAGCUUUUUAGCAUUAAUCUAAGCAAAACUUAUCUUAAGCUAGGUAGAUUAGAACUGGAGGCUUUCAGAAACUUCCUAUCAUCAGUCCUUAAAUAAUCAAAUAUUGA